GAGGGUGCUCAACAUGAAGGCGCCGCGGGAGGCUCUGCAGUAGCCGUGCUGUGAGUCGAGAGGAGAGACGGUUCACGAGUAUUCAUAACGCUAGCAGGCGAGUAAAGGGACCAUGUCUGACAGAAAAGCCGUCAUUAAAAACGCCGACAUGUCGGAGGAGAUGCAGCAGGACGCGGUGGAGUGCGCUACGCAGGCUCUGGAGAAAUACAACAUCGAGAAAGACAUCGCAGCCUACAUCAAGAAGGAGUUUGACAAAAAGUACAACCCCACUUGGCACUGCAUUGUGGGCAGGAAUUUUGGCAGCUAUGUGACUCAUGAGACGAAGCAUUUCAUUUACUUCUACCUGGGGCAGGUGGCCAUCCUGCUUUUCAAAUCCGGAUAAAGAGACAAUCUUUUAUACUGUAUUUCCAGAAAUAAGCCACAUGUUAAGUGGACCCCCAGUGCCCAGGAUAAGUACCGGAACUCCACUAACCCCUCCUAGGGGGGCUGCCCGUAGACCUUGCAGGAAUUCAUUGUUUUGUUAAAGGUCCAGGGACCCACACAUUCUGUGCUGCUUCCACAUUCUUUGUUUGUUACUGCUAUAUACGUUCAUUUAUCACAUGCCUAUAUUUAUUUUCAUCCAGUUUCUAAAACUAAGCAAAAAAAUAAAAAACAUUCAAAUAAAAACACUUUAAUAUGAA